AUGCUGCCGCUCGCUUUUCUACUACUAUCGACUCUGCUCGGAGCCGUCUCAGCAUUUCCUAAGGGUCUCCGGCUCCGAUCCGAGUCUGAUGCUGUUCCAGUACCACCAAAGCAGGAUCCAUGGUACACAGCGCCGGCUGGCUGGGAAGCCGCGGCUCCUGGAGAUGUACUGCGUGUGCGGAGUGCUCAAGGAUAUCUCGGUUCAUCAAUCGAUAAUGUCGGAUCCGCGUACAACAUUCUCUAUCGUACCACAGGCAGCCGUUAUCAAGCCUCAUGGGCUGUGACGACCCUCCUUGUGCCCAAAAUGCCUGCAAGCACCUACAAGGCUUUGCUUUCGUAUCAGGUCCCCUAUGACUCCGCCGAUUUGGACGCUGGUCCAAGCUAUACCUUGUCGGGCUUGGUCAGAAACGGCCAUACUCCCGCAAACUGCAUAUCCGAGAUAGAAGAGUCUCUCAGAAUAGGCUGGCAUGUUACAGUACCAGAUUAUGAAGGUAACCUUGCUUCAUUUAUCGCUGGGGUCAUGUCUGGUCAUGCAACCCUGGAUGCGGUACGAGCAUCUCUGUCCUCAGAUCUUGGUCUUCCUGGGCUUUCUGGUGCCCGCCUAGGCAUGUGGGGAUAUUCUGGCGGUGCGUUAGGAAGUGAAUGGGCUGCCGAAUUGCAGACUCAGUAUGCGCCAGAGCUUAACUUCAGUGGAGUCGCUAUAGGAGGCUUGACUCCUGACGUUUUCAACGUCUUCAACACCGUCACCAAGACAUACAGUGCAGGACUCAUACCGCCAGGCGUUGUUGGACUUUGCAGCCAAUUUCCUGACGUAGAAGAUUAUCUGUUUGCCAAACUGAAGACCACUGGCAAGCAGAACGCAGCAAAGUUUCUCUCGGUAAGAAACUUAACCCUCAGCCAAGGGGCUCCCAAGUUUGCUUUCGAGAAUAUCUACGACUACUUCACGGGCGGCAUUGCCGAUUUCUUAGAUCCUAAAGUUAUGGCCGUGAUCGAUAGUGAUGGAAAGAUGGGGUAUCACGGUAUUCCUCAGAUGCCGCUCUUCGUUUAUAAGGCGAUCCAAGAUGAGAUCAGUCCGAUCGGCGACACAGACGCCCUUGUCCAAAAAUACUGCACCGCUGACGCUACCAUUGAGUAUCAGCGUAACACACUUGGUACGCACAAGGACGAGCAAGAUAACCAGAGUGCACAAGCGUUUGCUUUCUUGAGCAAAGCUCUGAGUGGGACGUAUACCCCACCCACGAGUGGCUGCAGUGUCAAGAACGUGACGAUAGGGGAUCCAGGCGAUUUAGGAUUGUCUACGAGGACGCAAUCAUAG